AUAAUAUUCUCCAAACACGUAAUCCAGCAUCGAUUCACAGUGAUACGAAGUACCACUAUUUGUUCAAUUCCGCUAAUUGAUCUGUGUACGGAAGGCGACGUAUAAAUACGUACAAAAAACGGGGAUACUAUAACAUUCCGUUUAAUGGAUGCGUGUGUGGAUGUUUUGAUUCGGUUCUUAUAAUUUAUUUAGAAUUAAAUCGACCGCGUUCGCCUUUCUGGGACACAACAGUUCGUCAUGAGUGCACCGCCUAAAUUCAAGCAGGACAUCGCAGUCCUGUCGAUCCUGCAAAUCGUGAUCAUGGUUUUGUUCAUUAUUUUCGGGAAAUAUGGCGAGAAAGAUUCACUCGGAAAAUAUCCCAUGUUUCAGGACGUGCACGUGAUGAUAUUCAUCGGCUUUGGAUUUCUGAUGACGUUCCUGAAACGAUACGGCUACAGUUCGGUCGGUUUCAAUUUUAUGCUGGCCUCGAUGGUGGUGCAAUGGUCGAUCAUCUGUUUGGGAUUCUACGACAUGACGGAGGACUAUAAGAUUCCGAUCAGCGUUAAAAGUUUGUACGAAGCUGAUAUUGCAGCUGCAACUGUGUUGAUAUCCAUGGGAGCAGUUUUGGGACAGACAUCUUACAUCCAACUGAUUAUCAUGGGAAUAAUUGAAAUUGCAAUCUUCAGUGCCAACUCGUACCUUGGCUUAGAAACUUUUAAAGCCGUUGACGCUGGCGGAUCAAUUUUUGUUCACACUUUUGGAGCUUAUUUUGGACUUGCCGUUAGUUUUGUUUUGAACAAGAAAAAGAUCGGUCCGGAACCAGACGUGAAUUUGGAAGAAGCGUCGUACAAUUCCGAUAUGUUUGCCAUGAUUGGAACCGUGUUUUUGUGGUUAUACUGGCCCAGCUUCAACGCGGUGGAAGUCUCAGGUGAUGAUCAACACAGGGCCAUCAUAAAUACUUACCUGUCACUGGCGGCUUGUUGCGUGACCGCCUUCGCCAUGUCCCAGAUCAUGUCCGAGGACCAUAAGUUCGACAUGGUGCACAUACAGAAUUCGACGCUGGCUGGCGGCGUCGCCGUCGGUUCAUGCGCCAAUUUAAUGGUGCAGCCUUACGGCGCCAUAAUAAUUGGUAUUAUUGCUGGCGUGUUGUCCGUUUUUGGAUACACAAAACUGUCUCCAUACAUAGAAAAAGUGACAGGACUCCACGACACCUGCGGCGUACACAACCUGCACGGAAUGCCCGGAGUGCUGGCCGGUCUGGCGAGCACCCUGAUGGCCGGCCUGGCCACCGAACUAAUGUAUGACGAGAGCCUGUACGAGAUCUAUCCGGCGAUGGCCAGCCCCAAUGCACAGGCGACCGCAGAGUUUAACCGCACGGAUCCCGGAUUGGGCAGGACGGCGGCUCACCAAGCCGGAUUCCAGAUACUUGCGGUUGUCACCACCAUCGCCAUCGCUAUUGUCUCUGGACUUGUCACAGGAUUUAUCCUCAGCUUGAAAGUUAUAGCGAAUCCAUCACGUGAAAAUCAAUACGACGAUUUUCCUGCUUGGAACUUGCCAGAGCACGUUGAGACCAAAAGGAAAUCAGUGGACGUGGCUCAUUACGAUAACAGCGCGUUCGAAGUCAACAAUUUAGACAAAGUGCUUCAGUUACGAUAAACAAAACUUUAGAUUUAAGAAUAAAAGUUUUAUUGUUUUAUCUUAACAUUUUUAUACCUUAUACUUCUCUUGAUUUUCUGUCGUGUAUUGUCUUAAUGAUUGUAAUAAAACAAUUUAAAAAAAAUAUAUUUUAAGGGUAUUAUAUUUUAUGCGAAAAUGACAAGGGUGACUUUCAUAAAAACGUACAAAGGAAUUGUGGAAGCGUAUGAAAAAUUUCGUUCAUAUUUACCACAGAGCAGUCCAAUUUAGUUAAUAUUUUUCAUGGAAAAGUGUCGAGAGGAUUUCAAUUUAAAUAAGUGUGUGCAAUUUAUCUUCUGUAGUGAAUAUUUAUGGUCAUACAUAGUAAAGGUUAUUAAAAACUCUUUAUUUGUUAGUUGAUUGAUUGCCAAUUUAUCUAAUUGCAUUAUCGAAUAUAACCAUAUUAAGUAAGUGUAUAAAUAUU